GUAUGUAUACUCUAUUAUAGUGCCCUAACUGUACCGGAUUUCUUAUCACAAGUCGAUGGGCAACCAUAGUAUCUUAAAUCGUGGUUCAUAUUAAAGCGGGUAGCAGUGGUGGUGGCGAAUACAACGCUCCCACCAGGCUAAAAACUACUCCCCCCCCGCGUAAUUGCUCACACGCACACCGCGGUACAUCGCCACCGUCCUUCUCGCAUACUCCACCAACAGCCGUCGUCGGUGGUUUGUCAUUCGUGAUUUGUCCGCAACUGCCGCCGUCGCGCCGUUCGUCGUUCAGACGUUCAGUCGGUAACCUGUUGCUCAUCGACGCUGUUCGUCGUUACUUAGUCUGUUCGUGUGUUUGCGCGUGUUGCGUUGCGGACGUUCGCAUCUUCAAUAUAUUUUAUUAUAAUAACAGCGUAACAUUUGCAACACGCCAAGUUGUUACUAUUUUAUAUUUUUUUUCGAAAACAUUUUUGGCUUGUCGCGACGUUUGGUUUUAAAUUGUAUACACGCGAGGUGCACGUUAUUGUGAACUAUUUACAACAUGAAUGACGUUUUUGGACACUUAAAGUCGCUGCUGAAAAUCGACGAAAUAUGCAUCGAUAACUUGGUGUUUAAAUUGCACUACAAAGUGACUUUUCUCAUCCUACUAUGCUUCUCGGCUUUUUUAACAUGCAGGCAGUACUUGGGCGAUCCGAUUGAUUGCAUUGUUGAAGGUAGUGUUCCAAUGAACGUCAUGGAAACAUACUGUUGGAUACAAUCGACGUUCACCUUACCCAAUCGUAUCAAUGGAAAGGCAAGAAAGAAUACAGCGUAUCCGGGUGUCUCGAAUUUCGAUGAAGGUGUUGAUGGUGUCAAGUACCAAAAUUAUUACCAGUGGGUAUGUUUUGUGUUAUUUUUCCAAGCGAUUCUAUUCUAUAUACCCAGGUACAUCUGGAAAAUAUGGGAGGCUGGACGCAUGAGGGAACUGGUCUUAGAUCUCAACAGUCCACUUUCCUUCGAAUCUGAACAUAAGCAAACAUUGGUAAAUUACUUUGUCCAGUACCUACACAAGCAGAAUUUCUAUGCUAUCCAGUUUUUCUGCUGCGAGAUCUUUAACCUGUGCAACGUCUUUCUUCAGAUUUAUUUUAUGGACCGCUUUCUUGAAGGUGAAUUUAAAACCUAUGGCUAUGAUGUGUUAAGAAUGACCGAAAUGAAUCCUGAUGAUCGCGUAGAUGUAAUGUCUCGAGUGUUUCCUAAAGUCACUAAGUGUACAUUCCGAAAAUACGGUCCAUCUGGCACUAUACAGAAAAUUGACAGUAUGUGCGUAUUGUCACAAAACAUUGUGAACGAAAAAAUGUAUGUAUUUUUAUGGUUCUGGUUUUGGUUUAUUGCCAUAAUCAGCGCAUUAAACUUUGUGUAUCGUACACUUCUCAUUAUGGUACCCUAUUUCCGUUUAUUAUUAUUGAGAACAAGAACUGACUGCUUUUCUUAUGAAAAAUUGAACAUAUUAACUCAGAAGUUUUGGUUUGGUGAUUGGUUUGUCUUUUAUCAAUUGGCCAAAAAUGUCAGCCCCGUGAUUUUCAGGGAGAUUGUAUCAGAAUUGACCAACAAGUUUGAGGGAAAAGAUAAUGUGUAAUUGUACCUAAUUCAAUAAAUCUGAAACCACUUAAAAUCCACCUAUUAAAUAAAACAAAAAUAUUUUUAAUAACUGAAAUUAUAUAGUUCAGGUAACAAAUUAUCAAUAAUAAAUACAACUUUUAUUUAAAUAUGAUUGUCCUAUCGGACUAUGUGAAUAUAAUUUAUAGGAGGUAGAUAAAGUUUCCAGUUAUGCUUAGUAAAAGACAGGGUUUAAAAAAAAAAAAUGUUUUAUAAUAGGUACCUAGCUACAUUAACAAUUUAAAAAUUUCUACAAUAUU